UCCACUAAGUAAAGGAUAAGUAGAUCUAUGACCUAAAUUGUUCCAAGGAAAAAAAGUAAUGACAUUAUGCCCAUUGCCUCCCCGAAGAACCUGAAACACCUCCUAGCUACCCCUCGUUCACUAUAUAGUCUGAUCACACCAAUGCACCCAUCUAAACUGAGGCAUCCCAAUCACACCAAUGCACCCAUCUAAACUGAGACAUCCUGAUCACACCAAUGCACCCAUCUAAACUGAGACUCUACUUAUGACAUCUGUAAAUCAUAGUAGAUUUCUGUUACCUGAUUUCUCAGAAUUUCCUUAUUGCUCUUUCAGCUCAUAGCAUCCUGCCUGAAAACAUCAUAUUUGAGGUGUUGGGAGGUAUUCUUCAGGGUUUAUGCCCAGACUGUACGAUUGUCAGCAUGUGAAAAAGGUCACAUUAUUAGUUUCAUCACUUAGGCUAAGCCAAUAAGUGGGUGAAGCACCUAGGAUGAAUCAUGUCUGACGGGUAAGUAGUGAAGAUGCGGCAGCCCCAAAGGCUCCCAUUCCCUCGAGGCAGGGCCUGUUCCUUCUAUAAAAAGCCAGUGUGAAGAGGAUGCCACACCAGAUCCCAGUGACCACACUGCCUAUUCUCUGCAUCCCGCAUACCAGGCCCGGCCAUCUUUGAAGCAUGAGUUCACACCAGCAGAAGCAACCCUGUACAGAACUACCUCAGUUGCAUGAGCAGCAAGUGAAACAGCCUUGCCAGCCACCACCUCAGGAGCCAUGUGUCUCCCAAAUCAAGAAGCCCUGUGACACCAAGGUUCCUGAGCCCAGCCACCCCAAGGCUCCUGAGCCCUGCCACCCCAAGGCUCCUGAGCCCUGCCACCCCAAGGCACCUGAGCCCUGCCACCCCAAGGCUCCUGAGCCCAGCCACCCCAAGGCUCCUGAGCCCUGCCACCCCAAGGUUCCUGAGCCCUGCCACCCCAAGGCCCCUGAGCCCUGCCACCCCAAGGCCCCUGAGCCCUGCCACCCCAAGGCCCCUGAGCCCUGCCACCCCAAGGCCCCUGAGCCCUGCCACCCCAAGGCUCCUGAACCCUGCCCCUCAACUGUCACUCCAGAACUAGCCCAACAGAAGACAAAGUAA